AUGGCCAAUAUCAACUCCCUCAAGUCAGCCCUGAGACAGAAAGCCAAGGAAAAGAUAUCGUCGAGGCUACCACUAUCUGACACACAGUAUAGUGCUGGGUUCGAUAUAUUUUUACAAGACUCGGGAAGGGCUAUCUAUCAAGACUUUAUUAUUCCCCAAAUGGUGGAGCUCCUGAAGCCUCUCUUCAGCUCACGUGCUCGUAUCUCGGUGCUAGAAAUAGGCCCAGGGCCAAGAAGUGUUCUUGGAUAUCUGCCUUGUCAUUUGAAGCGGAAAAUCAAGAGAUUUGUCGCUUUUGAACCCAACGUUGUCUUCGCUGCGAAGUUGGAAAAAUGGCUCUCUUCGAACUUGGCAACGGAACCGCCGUUUCCUUGCCUGGAGAGCUUGCCCGAUAUCCACCGUGUGCCAUUCGUCUCACAUGGCAACAUAGGGGGGAACCGAGAAGGCGACACGCGUGACAAUGGCGAGAGGUACGAUGUGAUUCUAUUCUGUCACAGUCUGUACGGCAUGAAUCCAAAAACCAAGUUUAUCGAACGAGCACUGAAAAUGCUUGUUGAACCGCCCGAACAGGGUUUGGUGGUCGUUUUCCAUCGCGACGGGAAGCUGGACCUUGACAAAUUUGUAUGCCAUCGAACGGCUCGCUUUCCUACCGGGGAGAUUCGCGUACAAAAUAACGACAAUAUUUUGGAUAUUUUUGCUUCGUUUAUUGCAGGAUUUGUCUUACAGGACGGUGAGGGAGACAGUGCCACCCGCCUCGAGUGGCGUACGACGUGCCAAACGAUGAGUCGACGUACAGAAGCUCAGCCAAAUUCUCUCUUUUUCAGCUCACCGAAUUUGAUGGUGGCUUUCACCAAACACUCAACUGCAUUGCGGGAGCUGGCAACUCUGGUGCCAUUAUUGGAAAGAGAUCUGCCGGUCAAAAACUGGGAAGCUCGCCUCCAUCGACCCGCAUCCAUUGUUAGGCCAACAGAGAUUCAGCAAGUUCAGAAUUGCGUUCAAUGGGCUCUUCAGCACAAAACUGGUCUCACUGUUGUCGGCGGGGGCCACAGUGCUCACUGCCUAUGGCCUCAUGUCGUUGCAGUUGAUAUGAGUGCUUUUGAUAAAAUUCAUAUUUGUCCGGUUGAGAAUGGAGAAGCAGAACCCAGAGUUAAUGGUUUACCCCUAAUUGUUGCUGAAGCUGGGUGCAAGACAGGAGAUAUUAUUCGUCAAACCAUGGCGGCUGGUGUGACAGUACCCUUGGGUGCUCGUCCAGGCAUAGGCGCGGGUCUGUGGCUACAGGGAGGACUUGGGCAUUUGACUAGGUUGUACGGACUCGCGUGCGACGCUAUCGUGGGAGCCGUGAUCGUCAGCGUUGAUUCUAGCCACAUUCUCUGUGUCGGGAACGUACCGAGGCAACACUGUCCGGCCGCAGCUGUCCGGCCCGAUAACGCAAUGGAGAUUUUAUGGGCACUGCGAGGGGCCGGAACGAAUGUUGGCAUAGUCAUCAGCGUGACGUUCAAGUCUUUCCCUGCUCCAACCUAUCAGGUUCGAACCUGGGUCAUUCCGCUGAAGGAUGAAAAGGACGCACAACUCAGGCUUCGCAACUUUGAAGAGGCUUUUGCGAGAACUUUGCCGCGACAUUGUUCAGCAGACGCAUAUCUAUAUUGGCAAGCUGGCAAGAUGCAUCUUGGCGUGACUACGUUCGAGUCUUCCAUAUCCGCAUGCAGCUUGAUGCCCUCUCCGUCUAUGGCCAUCCCAGGGGGAACGACUCUGGGGCCAGAAGAAACCUCGGAAUCAAUGAACGGCUUAGAUGUGUUCGAGGCCGAGAUGUACAUGUUUAAGAUGCAUGGCGGCCACGGCGGCGGUAAGACUUCUUCGUUCAAGCGAUGUGUAUUUCUGAACGGCAUCGGAGCUCGGAGAAGUACCAAGGUCUUAAUUGAGGCUAUUGGUAACCGUCCGUCGCCGCUUUGUUACGUCCAUCUACUUCACGGGGGUGGAGCAGUGGGUAGCGUGGGGUCCGAUGCCACUGCUUUUGGUUGUCGGGACUGGGAUUACGCCUGUGUCGUAACAGGUGUGUGGUCUCGCGACCACGACGGAAGUGAGGUCGCUCGAAAUGCCGUGGGGUGGGUAUACCGCGUCGUGGAGAACUUGUUACCUUUGAGUCGUGGAGUUUAUGGUGCAGACCUAGGACCGGACCCCAGAGACGCGAAAUUAUCUGUGAUGGCAUUUGGGUCAAACCGGCAGCGUUUAGUGCGCCUCAAGCAAGCCGUUGAUCCGUUCAGGGUGCUGGCAUAUACCUGUCCAUUGUCAAAAGAACCGGCUGCGCAGCGGCUCAUCAUCCUCGUCACUGGUGAAAGCGGUGCUGGGAAAGAUCAUUGCGCAGACGUCUGGGUUUCUGUCCUGACAGCGAUGACUCCAAACCACAUAACGGCAACAUCAAUCAGCAUCAGCGAUAUGACCAAGCGCGAAUAUGCGGCAGCUACUGGCGCCAGCUUGGACCUUCUGCUACGAGACCGUGAUUACAAGGAGCGUCAUCGACCCUUGUUGACAGACUUCUACCAGAACCAGGUCCGGCAGAGACCACAGCUUCCCGAGGAGCAUUUCCUGAAUGUGGUACACAAUGCCGCACAUGCCGACGUGCUACUGAUUACGGGAAUAAGAGAUGACACUCCGGUUGCAACACUGUCGCAUUUGGUGCCUACCACUAGGGUGAUUGAAGUGAAUGUCAGAGCUUCGCAUAAAAUCAAGAAGGCUCGUCGAGGCUGCAACGCCACCGAUAAUGGCAGUUGUAGCAAAACUGUCAUGGGUCCAAACAAGGGAUUCUCAGGCCGAAUUUCAAGCCACCAGCCCACCUUUCAAUUCGAUAAUGACGAGAUUGGAGACCAAGGAGCAAGAAAGUUUGCGGAAACUUACCUACUCCCAUUCGUCAGCGAAGAUCUUCAUCGACUCGCCCAAAUGGUGACCCUGGUGCCCGACUUCCCACGGCCGAGCGUGGAGUUCCGCCACGUCCUCGAUAUAUGCCAGCAACCAGGUGGACUAGAUCUAUGCACAUCGUUAUUGCAAUCUCAGUUCAUAGGUGAUUGGACCGGUGUCGAUAUUAUAGUGUGUUGCGAAGCUGGCGGCUUUGUCUUUGCCUCCGCACUCGCCUUGCGGGUUGGUGCAUCUUUGGCCUUGAUCCGGGAAGCAGGCAAGCUGCCGCCGCCAACCAUUUCUGUCUCCAGGUCCGCAUCGCAUAUAUCGUCCUCUCUCUCUGUGUCAGAAUCCAAAGAGAAAAACAUUGAGAUAGGUCUGGAUACGAUCCCUACAGGGGCAUCAGUUGUGGUUGUUGACGACGUACUUGCUACGGGAAACACAAUGUCCGCAGUCCUGCAACUUCUAGACAAAACCAAUGCAUGUGCUGAUGUCAAAGUUCUCGUGGUGGCCGAAUUUCCUUUUCAUUGUGGACGGAUUUUAGUAAAGCAGAGUGGAUAUGGCGGAGUUCAUGUGCAAAGUCUUCUGGUCUUUGAUGGGGUAUAG